GGCGGCGCUGUGAUGCGCUUUCAGCGGGCAGGGUGACUCUUGCGGCGCUGCCCCGGGCUGACGCUGGCCGGUGGCGGGGUUCGGGGGGGAAGAUGAACGGGCGCUUCAAUCGGUUUCUGUGGCUGUUCCGCGUCCUCGCACUUUCCUGCCUUUCGGUGCCCGGGCUCCUGGGCGAGUCCGACCUGACCUACGUCACCUGCGGUUCGGUUAUCAAGUUGUUGAACACGCUGCACAAUGUCCGGCUGCACUCGCAUGAGGUGAAGUACGGCUCGGGAAGUGGCCAGCAAUCUGUCACUGGAGUAACUGAGGCAGAUGACAGCAAUAGUUAUUGGAGGAUACGUGGAAAAAGUGACAUUGUAUGCCAACGUGGGAAUCCAAUAAAAUGUGGUGAGACUAUUCGACUGACCCACGUCAACACAGGCCGUAACUUACACAGCCAUUACUUUACUUCACCAUUAUCAGGAAAUCAGGAGGUCAGUGCAUUUGGCGAAGAUGGAGAAGGAGAUAACCUGGAUAAUUGGACUGUCGUGUGUAGUGGAACAUACUGGGAAAGAAAAAGUCCAGUAAGGUUUAAGCAUACUGUUACAGAAGUCCUGCUGUCCAUUACAGGGGAACAGUAUGGGCGACCAAUAAAUGGCCAACGUGAAGUUCAUGGCAUGCAGUAUUCAAACCAAUACAAUUCUUGGAAGGUGAUGGAAGGAAUCUUCAUGAAACCUAUGGAGGGGUCAAAGGCUGGAAAUGUACAUUCUGAACUAUAAUAAGGAAUCAUCUUUACUGUUGUAAAGCUUUGUUUGCAACUAGGUCCUGAAUGACAUUUCUUAAUCAACAUACAUGGAAUUUUUUUUUUUCAGUAUUAUGUGUACUUUGACUUGUACAUAAAUUCUUACACCUAAAAUGUUAUGUAUUUCAAAUAUUGGUAAUCCUGAAGAGACAACUUGAUUUGUGCAAAAUACUAUUCCAAAAGCUUGAGUGAGCAUGGAAGUAUUUUAAAACUUUUUUUUUGGUUUGCUCUGGAUAGUGUUUAUAUGUUCUGACUUGAGAACAAAAUUUAUGGUGCAUUAAGUAUGUUCCUCAAUGGGAACAUAACCAAGUAAGUAUUCAUAUCUAGAAAUCAAUCCAGGGAGAUAAUUUUAAGUAAUGAAAUUAUAACAUUUGGACCACUGAAAAUUGGUGCCAAAUAUGAUUGUAUCAAAGGCAUCAAGAUUGUCAUUUGUAGCCCUGAUUUAAUUUUGCGUGUAUUUGGAUUUUGAGUAUAGGUAAAGUACAGUUGCUCCUUCAAAUAUGGAAUUGUUGAAAUAAAACUGACUCUAC